AUGAUUACACGACAAACCAGAGCCAGCACCUUUCUCUUCACCUCCUUCCUACGGCCAUCAUCCGCAUCCCUAUUACCACAAAGUUACAUCUGCACACCAUGCCGCCGUGAAUUACACCGCGGAUUACCCCAAGAUGGACAGAUCCCGAAACCCAUACCAUUCGUCCCUGACGUACCAACAUUCCUCUCCUUAAUCGGACGAGAAAUGAAGAAACACGCGAGCAAACUGCAAUCGUGGGACGAACUGUUCACGCUCACAUCAAGCCAGCUGAAGGAACGGGGUAUUGACCCACCACGCUCUAGACGCUACCUUCUGCGCUGGCGAGAAAAGUACCGACGCGGCGAGUACGGUGUCGGCGGCGAUUUCAAGUAUGUGAAGGACGGCGUUGCGGAACUACGGGUUGUGGAAGUGCCCUGCAUACCAACGAAAGAACUCAAAGCCGAGGAUGAGAAGGUCACGAUCACGCACACACCUGGGAUGGAGAAGCUGGUGCUGAACGUGCCUAAUGGGUCGGAGACGUAUGUGCUGGAGCGCGGACAAACUACGGCAGAUUUAGUAAAGGCCAAGGGUUACAAGGUGAAGGACGGCUACAUUGUGACGGGCAAGGCUGCGCUGCCCAUGAAGGGAACCUCUCAAAGCGGCGCGACCGUGACGGCGUCGGAGGGUUUGUGGGAGCACAAGCGAGGCCGUAAGAUCCAUGGUGGUGAACGACGUAGGGCUGAGGUGCUGCAUAAGUUGAGGGUGGAGGCGAAUAAAGCUGCAAGAUGA